AUGAGAGACCUGGAGUUGCUUACUCGUUCUCUAAGUUCCAAUGCCAGCCGAAGGAAGAGCGUCGAAAUCAACAUCAAGCAGCAAGCCAUUGAGUGGAUUGCGACUGAAGGAGGAGGGGUGUUUUCACGCGCCGAAGCCCACUUUCGGCAGCGUGGAUGGCGCAUUACAGUAUCGUGCUUUCGACAGUGGUGGCGGGACCGCGAACAGACCAUGGCUGAGCACGGUGCUCGCCGACGCAUAGUGGGUGGAGGUCGACAACCUUUGCUCGGUGCUGUUCAAGAUGCGCUCGUUGAUCUGAUCUACGAAGCCGUACCGAAGAAGAGCACGAAGAAGACCCCAUCCGAUUCGUGGCGUCAGAUCCCUGGAUCAACAACUUCAUGUCCCGGAACAAUCUAUCGCUUCGAGGAACACAAGCCGCAGAUGAAUCGCGAGCGUAUCAUUCUGAUGGACGAGACUGAAGUCUACUGUGAAGAUGCUCGGGCUUACACGGUUGACGAUGUUGGGGCUCGCCAUGUUGUGGUAAGAUCCACGGGGUUUGCUUCCUUGCGGAUCACCGUCAUGGCUGUUACUGCUACUGGCCAGUACGUCGUGUGGGACUCGAUGAGUGCUCACAUUGGGAUUCGCGUCAAGCAGCGUUGA